AUGAAGCAAGUUCAAGAGUUAAAAAACAAAAAUGAAUUUCUUUCUUAUAAAGAAUUUCUAAAAACUUAUGAGAGUGAUGAUAAAGUAAAAGAUAGUUAUAAUAAUGAAGUUGCUAGUUAUGGUGAUAUAAGCAACAAAAAUAAGAGUUAUGGACCAGCAGCUAGUUAUUUUACACCUAUUGCACCGAUAACAAUUACCGCAACGGUCGGAGCAGGAGUUGCUGGCGUAGCAAUGAUGAAUUCUGAUAAUGAAACAACACAAGAAAUUGGCAGUGAGUUAUUUCUAUUAGCGACGGAUUCUGUUAGCGACCCAAGCGGAGGAAGAAGCGAUUAUAAUAAUGCGAAAACUGCCGUAAAGUUUGUUAGGGAAAGAUAA